AUGGCUCCACCUGGUUUUCGCAUGAGUCGAGAAAUCGUCGUCCUCUCUGAUAGUGAAACAGAAGAUGAGGACCACACAAAGCAGGAGUCGGGGGAUCUCAUUGCAAGACCGACAGCAGGGCCCGCGCAGAACAACCCGCGCAUUGACGGAAAUAUUGCAGAACCCCGUGGAGGCGUACCAGUCAUUGAUCCCGAGAUGAUCGACUUGACUGCCAUCCCAGAUAUUGAUGUUCCGCCGUCAAAUCCCGUCGGGUUACAGGGCAAUGUACCGCAGCCCGAUGGCCAAGCUUCUGACCAGAAUGAACAUAGCCGUAUGCUUACCGAGACUGCCUAUCUGCAAAUGAUUCUCGGCGUAUUGCCGGACAUUUCGGUUGAGUAUGUGCUCAAGCUCAUCAAGGAGAAGACAACAGACGCCACACGAACAACGGCCCGAUGCGAGCAUCUCAUCGCCGAGCUUCUAGAAGGCGAACCAUACCCAAAAGAAGCAAAUGAAAAGAAGAGAAAGCGAGAAGACGACGCCGAUCAUGAGCUGAGCGGCUAUGAAAAAGGCGAGCGUGACCCACAGGCUCAUGGUUAUGAGCACGACGCCAUAGAGCUCCUCAAGGAUGAAUUUCCCAACGUACCUGUACGACAUAUUACGAUCGUUUUGCAAGAAAAAAAGACACUUUACAAAGCUUACUUGGUUAUCGAGAAACAAGUGCGCGACUACGGACUCAUUGCUGGGCCAUUUACUAGAAUCACCAAAUCCCGUAACAAGCGCGGCACCGAAUUUAUGUUGAUCGAGAAGGGCAGCCAACUACCCAAGGAACUUCACGCAGCAAAGAAGAAGAUUGAGUUUGAAGCUGCAAAACGCCGCAAAGUACAGGAAGCAGAACAGGCGGAAGAGGCCAACCUACUCGACGCACAGAUGAACAACCUGAUGGGCGAGUGCGCGUGCUGUUUCGACGAUGUACCUCUGAACCGCAUGAUCGGCUGCAGUGGCGAAAUGGUGCACUUUUAUUGCAAAAGGUGCGUAUGCCGACAGAUCGAAACGCAAAUGGGACAAUCGCGUUGUAGACCAAAUUGCUUUGGGGUCGAUGACUGCGACGGGACUUUCUUACGCAGGCAAUUACAAGAUGUGUUGAGCGAAAAGACAUUUGAACGACUAGAGCACAUGCAGCAGAUGGAAGACCUGAAAGCGGCCGGCCUGGACUUUCUUUCUGAAUGUCCGUUUUGCGAUUUCAAAAUGGAGUGUCCGCCCGUUGACGUCGACAAGGAGUUUCGUUGCCAAAACACCAAGUGUGGAAAGACAAGCUGCCGCCUCUGCCAAAAGGAAUCCCAUAUCCCACUCACUUGCGACGAGUUCAAGAAAGACGGUCAGAUUACGCUAAGACAUAUAGUUGAAGAAGCCAUGUCGGCAGCCUUGAUCCGUCAUUGCAACAGGUGCAAGCAUCCGUUUAUCAAGGAACAAGGGUGUAACAAGAUGACGUGCACACAUUGUAGGAAUCUGCAGUGCUACGUUUGCUCUCAAAACGUGACCGACUAUAGACACUUUGGUGAUGGCCAGGCAGGCAAGUGUCCUCUGCAUGAAAAUGCCGAAGAACGUCAUGAACAGGAAGUCAAGAGAGCAGCUGACGAAGCUAUGGCCAAAGUCCGAGCUGAAAAUCCAGGCUUUUCAGAUGCAGAUCUCAUGAUCAAGGUAUCCGACCAGGUCAAGCAAGCAGAGGAGACACGCAGAGGUCGAGUGCGAGCCGAGGCACACGCAUUUCCUUAUCAUAUGGUUGGUGACCAGCUCCACCGUGUUCCACGUGCUGGUCAAGCAGGUGCACCGCAACCUCUAGUUCCAGUCCAACAGAUACCUCCACCACAGCCAGCACCUCAGUACGUACACCCCCGCCCACCCGUUUUCCAUGCUCCUAUUAUUCGACAGCCGGAACAGCCAAUCCCAUAUCAACCAAUGUUUCCUGUCCAACCCAUCAACUUCUACGGUGCUGUUCCACCGCGGCAACCAUAUGAAUUUCAGUUCUACCACCCUUUCUUACCACAGUGUCGGCGCUGUCAUCUGAAUCAUCCCCCUGACCAGCAUUGUUAG